ACCAAAAUGGCGCCGGCUUGCUGCUUGUGUGCGACAUAUUAGAUCCGGCUGCGUCACGUCCGAACACUCAAGCUCAAAAACAUGGCGUUGCUUCUAAGGACGGUGGCCCGACAGGGUCUGUAUUCAUCACGGUCACAGUUUGGCGUUCUCUACAGACAUGCCGUACCUAUGGGGACUGCGGCUAAUGAGGAAAUGGACAAGUUUUGGGCAAAAAACACACGACUCAAUCGACCAAUGUCACCACAUAUGACCAUCUACAAGUGGUCUGUCCCCAUGGCGAUGUCAAUCUCACACAGAGGAACGGGUAUUGCACUAAGCUCAGGAAUAUCUGCAUUUGCUCUUGCUGCGUUGGUGCUACCGGAGAGUUACCCGUAUUACCUUGAUCUGAUUCACUCCUUGACCUUUGGGCCCCAGUUUCUUGCUUUCAGCAAAUUUGCUCUCGCUUUCCCAGUGGUUUACCACACUUUUAAUGGCAUCCGUCAUCUGGCAUGGGAUGCUGGGAAGGGUUUUAAGAUUCCUGAAGUCUAUCGUUCUGGCUACGUUGUCCUUGGUCUGACUGUUCUCACGUCCAUUGGUCUUGCUGCCAUGUAGACGCACAAAACUCUAACAAAUGAAGACAUGGAAGUAGAGAAAGCUGGGUCUUUGUUUUAUCUGUCCUUGAAGCGGUCUGUAAGGACCAAAUUCAUUAAUAUAAUAAAACACACAUCUAUAUAAAACCAGAGAAA